AUGCCGGUGGAUCUAUCAGGACUGGGCGACGAGGACCUCCGAGGCGUCCCGGUGCCCUUCAUCCGCGACUCCCUGGUCACCCUCGCUCCUCGUCUCCUCGCCGGCGCCGACUCCGUCACUCCCCUCGAAUACCCCUCGACAGAGUCGUCCCAGCCUUCCUCUCCCGCGAAGUCCCGCCUCUCCUGCUCCUUCGACCCUCCCGCGCAUCUUCCCGCCGGCUACUGCAUCCCACCUACGCACCUUCUCGCUGUCAGCUUCCCUCCGGCAAGUCCAGCACGACCGGAUCCUCAGCAUGUCCUCGUCCCGAUUCACGCACUGCCAUGGGGCCUUGCCUGUUCCCGCCUCAGACCGCUGCUACAAUGUCGAGACGCAGUGUCGGUGCCGGAUUGCAAAGAAACGGAGGCAGUCUGCGAAGCGCCGGCUGUCCGAAAGGACACCACUACAUCCCUCCUCACGCCUCCCGCGACGCCUCAAAGCACCUCUGCGCCCUUACCCGCCUCACCUCCUUCUCUAUCCGCCGACAAGCUUUCGACCCUUUCCCUCCCGCUCGUCCACCUCCGUCUUCCCUCUCCUCCAGCCUUCCAACUCAUCCACACCUACAUCUACACCCGUACUCUUCCCUCUCCCUCGCUCUUCUCGCCUGCUCUACAUUCGACAAGUCGAGCAAAAGCGGUCGAGGCGCUGUGGAAGACGUGUGUCGAGUUAGGGAUUGAGACGAGCGAAGGAGAGGAGCUGUGGAGUGCAAUGAGGGAGGAAUGGAAUCUGGCGAGGGAGGGGAUCGCAGUGGAGCAAGAGGAGGAGGCUGGGUGGGGCAGCGGAGAGAGCGACGAGGAAGAGUCGGAGUACGAGUCGGAGGAAGAUGAGGAGAUGGAGGAAGAGCAGCUGUGA